AUGCACUAUACUGCUACAAGGCUAUUUUGUAAAUUAUUGUAUUUGAAUGGUCAUAUAUGUCAAUUACAAAGAAAUUGUUUUUCUAGUACUAAUGGUAACAUAUUUAAUUAUUCUUUGCCAAGUAUAAAUAAAGUAUUUUUAAAAUAUAAAAAAAAUCAUACUAGUGAAAAUUCUAAGGUGAGAUCAUUAUAUACUUUUGGAAAGAAUAAAGAAAAAUUGAUAUCAAAGUUGUACUAUAAAUCUAAAACUAGAGAAAAUUUAGAAGGAAGUACAAAUAUAAAUGAAAAUAGAUCUACAAGUCAUAAUAAAUUGUCAUAUUUACCAAUGAUAAAUGAAUUUCAAGAACUACUUAAUAUAUAUGCAUUACCAUUAUAUAGGAAGCCAGCAUUUCCUGGAUUUUAUCAAGUAUUACAUAUACAUGAUCCAAAUUUGAUGAAAUUUCUUUUAAGCCUUAAAAAAAGAGGUGAAGAAUUUAUAGGAGGAUUUUUAACAAAAUAUACAUAUUCUAAUAUGAAAUCUAAUAAUAAGAAUAACUGUCAAGAUGGAAUUUUAGCAAAUUUGAGAAUGGAUUGUGGUUGUAUUGAUUCAGUAAAUGAUCUAUAUAAUGUAGGAACUUUACUCCAUAUCCUUAGUUUAUUACCACAUCCCAUAGUUGGUGGAGGUCAAGCAAUAGUUGUACCAUUACGCAGAAUACGUCUUGUAGAAACUAUUUCAGAAGGUAUGAAAAGUGAAGUGAACAUAACUGAUAUUAAUACAGAAUUAAGUAAAAGUAUUUCAGAAGAUCCAAGUGAAUGGUUAGGUUUAUUUACUGAACUAGGGAAUAAUACAGAUUUUAAUAAUAUAAAUAUAGAUAAUUCGAAAUAUCAAGAUAUUACAGAUUUUAAAAAUAAAAUAUACUUAACAGAUGAAAAGUCAGAAAAUAAUUUGAAGGAAUCAUUUAUACCACUUCCUUUAGUACAAGUUAAAUAUUUAGAUGAUAAUAUACCAAAUAAUAUUGAAUCAAGAAGUACUUUAAGGGCAUUACAUUUAGAAAUUAUACAAACUUUAAAAGAUUUAUUAAGAAAUUCAAUAAUGUAUAAAGAACAUUUUGAACAAAUUAUGAAAUUCUAUAAUUUAGAUAACCCUCAUAAACUUACUGAUUUAAUAUCUUGUAUAUCAUUUGGACAACGUGAAGAAUUACAACAAAUUUUGAGUGAAGAGAAUAUUGAAGAAAGGUUAAAAUUAGUUUUACAUAUAGCCCAAAAAGAUUUAGAAAUAGCUAAAUUACAAAUGUCAGUUAAAACACAAAUUGAAGAGAAGUUACAGAAAGAGCAAAGGAAGAUUAUACUUAUGGAACAAUUGAAAUUUAUUAAACAAGAACUUGGACUAGAACAAGAUGAGAAAACUACAAUUUUACAAAAAUUCCAAAAUAAUAUGAAAAAAUAUUUAAAUAUAGAAGAAUCAGAUAAUUAUGAAAAAGAAAAUUCAAAAUUAAAUAAUGAUGUAAAAGAUGAACCAAAUUUAUAUUUAAUUCCUGGAUAUAAUCUUCCUAAAGAAGUAAAAUUAGUAUUUCAACAAGAACUUGAUAGAAUAUCACUUUUAGAUAUAAGUAGUGCAGAAUUUAAUAUUAUAAGAUCUUAUUUGGAAUGGUUAACAUCUAUUCCUUGGGGAAAAGUUACAAAAGAUACUGAAAAUAUAGAAUAUGCUAAAUUGAUAUUAGAUAAUAAUCAUUUUGGAUUAAAAGAAGUUAAAGAAAGGAUACUUGAAUUAAUGGCAACUAAUUUAUUAAGAAAUAAUAAUAUACAAAGUGAACAAAAAAAAAGUGAUGAAAAUAAUCAAAUAGUAUCUAGUGGUAAAAUUUUAUGUAUAGUUGGACCACCAGGUUGUGGAAAAACAUCUAUUGUAAAAAGUAUUUCAGAAGCUUUAGGACGUAGAUAUUAUAGAAUAAGUCUAGGUGGACUUUUUGAUGCAGCUGAAUUACGUGGACAUCGUAGAACUUAUGUUGGUGCAAUGCCUGGAAAAUUUAUUCAAGCUAUUAAACAUACAGGAACUACAAAUCCAGUUAUCCUAUUGGAUGAAAUAGAUAAAUUAGGUCGUGAUAUACGUGGUGAUCCUAGUGCUAUUUUAUUAGAAGUACUAGAUAAAAAUCAAAAUAAAACUUUUAGAGAUCACUAUUUAGAUGUUCCACUAGAUUUAUCACAAGUUAUCUUUAUUGCUACUGCAAAUAAUAUUGAUACAAUUCCAGCCCCUUUACUAGAUCGUAUGGAAAUUAUUCAUAUUGCAGGAUAUGUCUUUGAAGAAAAGCUUCAAAUUGCAAAACUUCAUUUACUUCCUUCUAUACAAAAUGAGACUGGUUUAACAUCUGAUCAUAUCAAAUUGGAAAGUUUAGUAUUAGAGAAGUUAAUUAAGGAUUAUGCAAGAGAGGCAGGAGUUCGUAAUCUUGAAAAAUUAUUAGAAAAAGUAUAUAGGAAGGCAGCACUUGAAAUAAUAAAAAAAGAAAAUGAAAGAUUAUCUUUUCCAUUUAAUAUUGAUUUAGAAUCUCUUUAUAAAUUUAUUGGUUAUCCUCCAUUUAUAUCGGAUAGACUUUAUAGAGUAAUGCCACCUGGAGUUGUUAUGGGAUUAGCUUGGACUGCUCUAGGAGGAGCUACAUUAUUUAUAGAAGCUGUAGCAAGAAUUUCAAAUUUAAAUGAGGAGAUUCAUGAAAUUAAUUCGACAUUAUCUCCAAGAGUUAAAGUUACUGGUCAAUUAGGAGAUAUAAUGACUGAAAGUACUGAAAUUGCUUAUACAUUUAUUAGAAAUAUUAUAGCAAAAUAUUCAACAUUUUUUGAUAAACAUUAUAUUCAUAUACAUGUACCUGAAGGAAGUACACCAAAAGAUGGUCCUUCAGCAGGUAUAACAUUAGCUACAUCAUUAUUAAGUUUGGCAAUAAAUACCCCAGUAAAACAGGAUAUAGCUAUGACAGGUGAACUUAGUCUAACAGGAAAAGUUCUUCCAAUUGGAGGAGUUAAAGAGAAAAUAUUGGCAGCAAGAAGAGAAUCAGUUAAAGAAAUUAUUUUACCAUAUGAAAACUUAAGGGAUGUACAAGAACUCGAAGAAUUUAUUAAGAGUGGAAUCAAUUUUUAUUUUUGUGAUAACUAUUUUGAUAUUAUCCCUAUAGUAUUUCCAACUAUCAAAUUUGACUUUUCUAAUAUGAAACAUUCUGAUUCUCUUCAACCAAUAAAAUUGGAAUUCUUAAAUUAG